AUGCGGAUGCUUACUCUUUUAGAGAUGACCCAGCAUCCGAGGAAGCCAGUCAUGGUAUUCCCCCGAAUAUUUCUCUCUGAAUGGGAACAAUUGGUCUUGGCUCCUGUGGCCAAUUUUGCCUCGCCUCAGCCGGCAGGUUGGUUUUACAGAGAUAUAUGGUUUGAACCUUUAAUUGAGAAAUACAACGAGCGCGUAUACCCAUUUGUUAAGAAGAGAAGGGCAUACUUCGGGAAAAUACUUAUAAUUAUGAAUAAGAAAGUCUGCAACAACAACAACAACAACAGGUGUGCAUCUUGCAACAAAAUCGACAACAUCGAGAACCCUCACGCCAAACUAACGAGAUAUGAACACAAAAAUGACAAAAAACCGCAUAUUAUUGACCUGAGAUCGGACGUCCUAACUCAGCAGUCUCCUGAAAUGAAGGAGUUCAUGAUGGCUGCUGAAGUAGGAGACGAUGUCUUUCAGGAAGAUCCGACGACUAUUGCGUUGGAACACAAGGUUGCAGAUAUGUUGCAGAAAGAAGCAGCAUUGUUUGUCCUGAGCGGAACGAUGGGGAAUCUCCUCUGUGUAAUGACUCAUUGUGAUAAGAGAGGAAGUGAAAUUCUCUUGGGAAACUUAAGCCACAUUCACCUAUGGGAGCAAGGAAACAUUUCGCAGCUAGGGGGAGUCCACUCCCACCUCCUGGAGAACCUACCUGACGGGACCUUCCACCUGGACGAGCUGAAGGACUCCGUCAGGGCGGACAACAUCCACCUGCCAUCCACGCGGCUGGUUUGCAUCGAGAACACCCACAACCAACUUGGUGGGAAGGUCUUACCCAUACCUUGGUUGGAUGAGUUAGGUAACUGCUGUCGAGAACUCGGCAUACCGAUUCACGUCGAUGCCGCACGACUCAUGAACGCGGCCGUGGUUCUAGACGUUCCCCCUGCGAGACUGGUCAAGGACUGCACCUCCGUCUGCCUCUGCCUCAGCAAAGGGCUUGGAGCUCCCGUAGGAUCUGUCAUUGCAGGUCCACGGGAUUUCAUCGAGAGGGCAAGGAGACUUCGCAAAGCCCUAGGGGGAGGUGUUCGGCAACCUGGAAUGCUGGCUGCUGCUGGAAUCUAUGGACUGGAUCACGUACCUAGCCUUCUCUGGAAGGACCAUGCCCAUGCCAAGGCUAUAGCUAAAGCUGUUUCUGAUCUGGGGAGUCCUUUGAUCAAAGCAGACGUUGAGGGCGUCCAGACCAAUAUUCUUCUCCUUGAGUGUGACAUGAAGGUCGUCCUUCCAGAUAAAUUGUGUUCCAGGCUCAUGAAGGUGACGCCAGAAGAGGAAUCCGCUCUGGGAGAGCGGAUCGUCGUCAAAUCGUUCGCGAUGGCUAAGACGUCCGUUCGCUUCGUUCUCUAUUUCAACGUUACGUUCGAAGACGUUCAGAGAGUUAUAAGGAAACUUGUCUAUGUCAUCGAAGAAUACGAAGGGAAAGUUUGACUCUCUCUCUUCUCAAGUAAUUGUUGACGUGUGGUCUUUUUUCCUUGGUAAAUUUUAUGCAACAGUGUUGAACUCGUUGAGUUAGUUGUAAAAUAAUUCACUUACACUCAAUAAUUCACAAUUCAUUGCUGCUACUAUGUCAAGCUUUGAAUAUAUAUAUAUAUAUAUAUAUAUAUAUAUAUAUAUAUAUAUAUAUAUAUAUAUAUAUAUAUAUAUAUAUGCAGAAGCCAGGUA